AUGAAGUCUUUCCUCACUGUCUUCUUUCUCCUCCCUGCUGCUUUGGCUACCGAUACCUGCGUCGCCGAAUCGGGCUGCGCGGGCUGCGGCCAAGUCGCCAGCGCCAGCUUCGUCCAGAGUGGCAACAAGCAGGUCGCGAAUGCUCCGGGCUGGGCCACUAUGACUGUGUCGGACUCAACUAUUGCGCUUGAGAACCUUUCCGGCAGCACUCUGACAAUUUGCAACUAUGGCGUCGUUUGCUACUACAUUAGUCCGAAAAGCGACUGUACCGUUGGAGAGCCGAGCAACUUUAACACCGGGCUCGGCCUGCAGGUCUGGCAGCACCCUUAG